UUCCAAUUCCCGUGAGUAGAUUAGCUCAGCAAGGCGAAAUUUCAAACGGUCAUCUCCGGGUUGGCCUCGGCUUGUGACUAGAUUUUUGACUCAAAUUCCCCUGUCCUUUUCUUUUCUCGUUUCCUCUUAGUUAUCGCCACCACAAUGUCUACCUCCACCUUUUCUGGGGCACACAGACGCUAUGUUAAAUCCCUGUACAGGCGUAUGCUCACCGAUAGUCUCAAUUGGACUGUUCACCGCGAACUUUGGCGUAGGCGCGCUCUUAUCAUAAGGGCUGAAUUUGAGAAGAAUCGAAAUGUUCAUGACCCUCGUCAACUGGCUGUCAUUUUCGACAAGGCCGAGGCUGAUCUAGCUCGCAACCAACAUCCAGAUCCAGUCAUUUCGCCUCUCUUCCCUGGUGGUACGAAGUGGUAUGUGUACAGUUUACCGUUGCCUGGUAUAAUCAUCAAUUCCUUCCUGCUCACGAAAUAGGGAGAGAAAUAUUCCCGUACGUCUUCCUGUUUUCUAGAGGAUGUCCACACCUAGGCUGAUAUCCCAAUUUCAAGCCUCCCAUGGGACCACUAUAUGA